AAUUGCAGAAAAUGGACGAUACUGUGAUUGAUGUUCAUGACAGCGAUGGGACAGGAUCUUCAUCAUCAAGACCCUGGAUCAAGAAUACUUCCAAUUUUCCAAGUUCGGUGUUGUCUCUAGUUACCCUAGCAAUCCUUGUUUAUCUGGUGAACUGUCUUGUGCACGUAUCUACAUUCACAUGCGGGCUUCUUGCUGUUGCCAUGGGACUCCUAGUUCAUCACUGGUACUGGCUACACGGCGUGAAACUGACACGAAAAGAGAGACUAUUCUUCGACGAAGCCAAUCUGCUUGAAACAUCUAACCUUUUUGAGUAUACUUAUGGUCCUUGUACCGAAGGAACUACUCCCAUUUCAGGUCCAGAAAAGAAUCCAGAUGCUCCCACGACUUUAUGGCAAGCACUUUUCUGUGAUGACAAGCAGUUGCAGAUGCAAAAAUUUUACAAAGAGCACUACGGCCCGGUUUGGGAGACAGCGAAAAGGAGAGAACAGGAGUGGAAGGCAAUAGAGAAGAACUAUUCGUCAAGAAAGGAAACGAAUGGGAAGAACGUGAACAGCUCUAACUAAGAACCUUUUAUGGCUAUCGUAAUAUUGAAACGACUUCAUGCUUUCACCAUUAAUUGAUAGGAUUGAACGAUAUCGGUGCAAAUAGUAACUUUCUGAAGUUAUGUACAUAGUUUUAAUGUUUAUACGUAUAUGAUGGACAACAAACACCGCGUUG